UCUCCUCAUACCAUUGGUUCCUAACUUGUCUUCUUUCUUCUUCUCAACUCUCUUAACUUUCAAGCCACAAGUCUUCAAAAAACAAAAACAAAAAGCUUUCAAGCCACAAGCACACACUCACACGCACUGUGCAAGCAAAACCCACAUACCCAUCACCCAUGGCCUCUCUUUCUCUUCUGCCAACGUUUCUCUCUCUCUCACCAUCGCCAUCGUUAUCACCUUCUUCUUCUGUUACAUGUUUUAGUCCCAGCAGAAUUCACACUGUCACAGUCCAUUCUCCAAGAUGGUCUCGUUCAGCUAAGCGAAGCCUUGUCCCAAGAUCAACUCUGGACGAGGUUUCUGUAAUUGACCCUCCACCUCCACCUCCACCAUCAGAACCCAAGUCUGAGCUCAAUGAGUCUUUGAAGCUCAAAUUACUGAGUGCUGUUUCUGGGCUGAAUAGAGGUCUUGCUGCAGAUGAGGAUGAUCUGCGAAAGGCAGAUGCUGCUGCCAAGGAGCUUGAAGAUGCUGGAGGGCUGGUGGACCUCUCAGUUGAUCUUGAUAAGUUGCAAGGGAGAUGGAAACUGAUAUAUAGCAGUGCAUUCUCAUCUCGUACUCUUGGUGGAAGCCGUCCUGGACUGCCCACAGGAAGGCUACUUCCUGUAACUCUUGGUCAGGUUUUUCAACGGAUUGACAUCUUAAGUAAAGAUUUUGAUAAUAUAGCAGAGCUUGAAUUAGGUGCUCCAUGGCCUCUGCCACCUGUUGAAGUGACUGCCACAUUAGCCCACAAAUUUGAAGUCAUAGGAUCUGCAAAGAUAAAAAUCACAUUCGAGAAGACAACUGUAAAGACCACUGGAAACUUAUCACAACUGCCACCAUUAGAAUUACCACGAAUUCCAGAUGCUUUAAGGCCUCCAUCGAAUCCAGGCAGUGGUGAAUUUGAAGUAACCUAUCUUGACACAGAUAUCCGCGUCACCAGAGGAGACAGAGACGAGCUUAGGGUUUUUGUUAUCUCAUAAGACCUUGGCAUUUGUGAUUUCUCUACGAUGCCUCGAUAUUCAAGAUUCAUGUGUAGCAUUCACAGUUCCUGCUUCAAUAUGUUAAUCUUAAAUUUUACAUACACGAAUUGACCACAAGAAAUACUGUUCAGUGACGAACGAUCUAAUAUGAAACUGUAAAGUUAUAAUCUAUAAUAUGAAACUGUUUCUUCA